CAAUAAUUAAUUAGAAGGGUAAAAUGGGAAUUGUACUGUUAGUAUCCUACCAACAACUAGAAGAGCACUUGAAUCUACGAGCACCACGUUGGCCUAAAUUCCUUCAUCCUACUCCUAACUGUGCAAACACCACCAAAUUAUUGCAGUAAUUUUGGUGGAGCAGGCCCCUUCAGUAACCGGAAAAUGGCUACGAUGACGGCGACGCUGAUAUCCGCCCUUAGCAGCGAUUUGCCGCGGCCUGCAAGUUUCCUUCCGAAGACCCCAUCGUUGCUCAGAAGGCGAGAAGUAAUCGCAUUGAAAUCCAAACCUUGGGAGUCGCGGAAAGAGAUUUUGACGGAGAAUGCUUUUGUUUGCGCCGCCUCUCGCCGGAAUUCCAGCAGCAGCACCACCACUGAUCUGUCGGUUCCGGAACUGGAUGAUAACACACGGAAAGUCCUACAAUUUGUCCUGUGGGCGACUGAGGGGGUGUAUAUAAUUUGGCUGUUCUUGCUUCCAUACGCACCUGGAGAUCCAUUUUGGGCUAUUAGUUCAGACACUAUCAAUUCCCUUGUUGGCCUUUCUCUUAAUUUCUUCUUCAUUCUACCCCUAAUGAACUCAGUUGGAAUUCGUCUAAUUGAUGCUCCUGUGCUUCACCCUAUGUCAGAAGGAUUGUUCAACUUUGUUAUCGGGUGGACAUUAAUGUUCGCUCCAUUGUUGUUCACCGACCUCAAAAGAGACAGAUACAAGGGAUCACUUGACGUCUUGUGGAGCUUUCAAAUGUUCCUUACAAACACAUUCUUGAUACCUUACAUGGCUAUUCGAUUAAAUAAGCCAGAUACUAACUACACUCCAAGAAAAACUUCCCAACUUAGGUCAACCAUGGUCAAUGGUGCAACCGUGGUUGGAGUUGUUGGUGGUGCUGUUUGUGUUAUAUCGAUAUUGUGGGCCCUAUUUGGGAGGCCAGAAGGGUAUUUUGGGAAUGUUAAGGAUAGAUUGGAGUUUUUGGUAAGUUAUCUUGGGUCAGAAAGGCUUGCAUAUGCAUUCAUUUGGGAUAUAUGCCUUUACAUAGUUUUUCAGCCAUGGUUGAUUGGUGAAAACCUUGAAAAUGUUGAGAAAAGGAAGGUGGAUUUAGUGAAAUAUUUAAGAUUUGUGCCUGUUUUUGGAUUAGUUGCUUACCUUGUUUGUUUGGAUGUUGAUGAGGAGGUGUAAUUGAGUUCAUGAUUUGAUAAGAUUAGUGUGAAUUGAAAAGGAAAAUGUGAUUGAAGUUCAUAUUGUAAUUUUAUUGAGAAUAGUAUGUAACUAAAUAAACAUUUGUUAUAUUAGGCUAUACUUGGUUUGGUAUUAUGUAGUUUCAACUUAUUAAAGUGUACUUAUAACUUGCUAGAAUAUUGUAGUGAAACAUUUAGUUGGUUUUUGUAACAUGAAUUUAUACAAAUAUUUACAUUUAUGUUGGGG